GUCGGAGAGAAAAAUAAAUUAGUCUAUGGAAAGUGUUGUUGUUGAACGCACGCUGCACCGCAAGCGCGUGGCGCGAAAAUUGAUUAGCAAUUCGUAAUUUUAGUCGAUCAUAAUUUAUUUUCGCGGGUGUCUGGUUACUAAUAAAUAUUUGUGUGAUUAAAGUGUUUUUUAUGAAAAUUUACGACAGUUCAGUGAAUUCCUGGGAUUUUUUUACUUGAAAUAUUUACCGCACACAGAUUACAGACAAAGCCGCAGAGCAAGUGAUUGUGGAAACGAUGCAAGCAAGUUUGGACUUUAGUUCCUAAAGAACAGGUGCUAAAUGGGGCUGUAAGAUGAGCUGGCACAGAGGACCGUUCGUAAUUCGAGCUCAGAUCACUUAAAGAAAUGAAGAUGGACCAACUACAUCGCAUACCCACCGUAGCUACUAUAAUACUCCUGCUGGUGUUACAGCCGGCACUAGAAGCCAAGAAACCUAAACGAGUAAUAUGUCCAAUAGGAUUCCAGAUAGCUUACUCCAAUUUGAAAGGAGAUCUAAUAUGUUACCGGUUGAAGGGCCCAGAGAAGCUCACCGACAAAUAUGUAGGGUGCGCCGGUAACCUAUACACAUCCAAACUGUACAACAGUUUGAAUUUAACAAAGUCUGAGUUAGUAUUAUGGACAGAGUACAAAUCAUUGUACCCUGGGGGACCCUUCAUUGAUUACUCCUUUACCAAAUCAAUAGGAUCCCUAGUAGAAACUACAUUUGAAAUUAGUAACCCUCACCGAGGCAUUGACGAAGAACUGUGCGUAGUGAUGGACCCUGUAAGUAAUUUUACCACUGCGAAAUGUGAUGAAGAGUACUAUAGGUACUGCCUAGUUUACCCAUACGUUGAAGCAGAGGAUAUGUCUACUGAAGGUUGUGAAGAUUUCAAAGAUUCUUAUAGAUUUUGGUCUCCAAAAUCAACUUGUUUGUCAGCAGCCACUGCCGUUGGCGGUGGUCCGGUAAGAGCAACCUGGAAUCAAUCGAAGGAAAUAUGUGAGAAACGAGGAGGCACACUCCUGUACAACGGGUGGAGAUAUUCAAAUAAUCCAUUAUUGCAUAUCUUAAACUCGAAUCCUAAGUAUCCUCUGGGUAUCACGUACGACCCUCAACGUCACAUGAAUAUUGUGAGUGGAGGCGCCACGCUAUUGGACUGUGGUGGCUGGUUUCCAUUUGUACCUCCUUCGAACAGAAAAUCACUCUUUGAGCUGGAAACAUCUCCAGAACUGUGCUGUCACAAGUCAUCGCGAUGGCUAUCGCAACCCAUAUACCGGGAUGUGUUGGUGUUGGAACCACCCACAACAUGGCAUUUGGACGAACAUUUUAAAAUGUUGGGUGGAAAUGAGUCAUCUUAUGGGGCAGUGAAAAACGAAUUAUGGGAAUUGGUUAAUAGUUCCUACAUAUUCUAUGACAUCAUUUGCGAGAAGAACGUUGAAUUAAAAAGAGCUAAUUUAGUUGUUAGCGCUGACGAUCAAAACAAGUUAUUAUUGACUGUGGCUAGUAAAGUCGACGAAGACAAUAUCUACUGCUUCACAGAUUCUGAGACAUAUUCCCCAACGCCUGUAAAAUUUAGUUCCGAUGGUGUUCACAACAAACUGUGGACCUACGUCCUCAAACCUAUUGGAGAUGGCUACUAUUGGUGUGUUCACACUGAUUCCAAGCGGUACCAAGUGUCAGAAUCGAAUAAAGCUCUCUGGGUGAGAGAGGAAACAUCCCUCCGAUACAAUUACGCUGUCAAACUGGUAUUGGACAAGGAAUACACGUUUGACUCUCUAGAAAGACUGAAAAAGAGUUGGGAGAAGAAGUUAAAAGCAUACAUUUACUUUUCAACGAGUUAUUAUCAGCUUAAUGGUGGAUCAGAAACGACUCAAGAUCCAAAGGUUUUUGAAGAUGUCUUGUUUGCUUUCAAAAUGGCUCAUCCAGACUUGAGUCCUACGAAAGACGUCUUUUAUGGGAUGAAGUUGAAGAAAGUGUUUUUGGAUAAGAAGACUAUUUUGUUACACAUCCAACUAAAUCCAAGUAUGCUACCGGUGCAGCCAGGGACCUGGGAAGGCCUUCAGAUUGUUUACAUGAAACCUGUCUUCUACUGUAAUGCUGAUCAUCAUGAUUUUGCGGAAUCAAUAACAGUGCAAUGUCGAAUCCACACUUGUAUCGGUAACUUCAACGAUGGUGUGCAAGUGGUGACGACGAUGGACGAUCCCUGCAUCAUGUCUACUAGGCUGCCGUCGCUGUACAGGAACGAAGACCCAUCACCGUUGAAUGGAACGGCCCCCACUGCCACGGACACCACCACUACCGUGGAACCCAGUACUAAUACUACCACAGAAUGCACUGAAUUUUGUACCACAACGCCUGCAAACGAGGAUUCUUCGGACAGUUCGGAGGAGACUUCACCUUCAACAACUACGUCUCAACCCUACUCUACUACUACUACUGCUACUACCACUAUUCCUCCGAGCUCUACACCCGAGCCUACUACUUCAUCAGUGACGUUCGUAACCAUGCCGCCUGAGACGAUAAAGACAGAAACUCCAAUCAUUACGACAACGAUGCUCAGUCCCACCACUACUACAGAGGUGGUGACACCACCACCGCCACCACCUCCUACAACUACCCCUGUACCAACAACGCUGGCACCUGAAGAUCAACUCCAACAAGUGAUAAAUGACCUGGAUAGUCUUAUCAAUAGUGAAUCAACGUCGCUUGUGUCCGUUGAAGAAUUUGAUGCAGCAUUUGAUCAGGUAGAUGAGCUGCUAGCAGAGAACCUAGAUCUCAACAUUCCAGGGGAACUGCUUCACCUUUUGGAUGGAAUUGGAACUAGGCUGGACCUGGCUGGGUCAGAGAACGCGACCUCUAUCAGGGGCAAUAUAGCCUUGGUGGUGGCUCAAGCUGAUGCUAAACAACCAGUCAAGGGCCUUAGGAUCGCUACCAGAGACAGCGAUAACUUCACUGCUGAUACUUUUGAAAUUAUUCGAGAUCGAAUGGACUCGUCCAGCCUACAAACAGACGCCAAUGAGGUGGUGGUGAAGCUGCCAGAAUCAGUGGCUUCUUCGUCUCGUCGCAUCAGCUUCGUGGUGUUCCGCAACGACCGCGCCUUCCACGCGAGUGCCGCCAACGAGUACCAAGUCAACAGCAGAGUGCUCAGCAUCAAUGUCGAGAAUGUUACCGAGUUUGAGCGCGGAGAGACUGUGGACUUACACUUCAGUUCCCUUGGUAGUCCCCCGAGGAACACGAGCCGUUCGUGUGGCUACUGGGUGUUUGCAGAAAAUGGCAAAGGCUACUGGUCGCAGGAGGGAUGCACCUUCAUCCGCGCCUCACGACGUGGGAUGCUGGACACGUGUCGCUGCACUCAUCUCACACAUUUCGCUGAAGUACUCAUCCCUAGAGCAGUCUUCUCCGAGGCUAAUGAAAAAGCCCUGGAAAUCAUCUCUGUCAUCGGCUGCUGCUUAUCUAUGUUAGGUGUCAUCCUGGUUGGUAUAACUGCCGUUCUCUUCAGGUCUUGGCGAAGAGACUUCAACAAUAAGAUAUGGUUGCAGCUGUGCAUCGCCAUACUUCUUCUGGUCACCUGUUUCUUAAUCGCAGUGUACGUGAGAUUUGAUAACUACGGCUUCUCUUGCAUGCUGGUGGGACUGUUGAUGCACUACUCAGUGUUGGCAUCUUUCUGCUGGAUGCUGGUGGCAGCCAUUAUCUCGUACAGGCGACUAGUGUUGGUGUUCACCCGCGACGCGUCGCACAAGUUGCUGCGCGCGUCUGCCUUCUCGUGGGGAGCUCCGUGUGCUAUAGUCGGCAUCCUCCUUUCAGUCGACCCGCGCUCUUACGCGGGACGCUUCGAAGAGAAAACCCCGACAGGAGCUUUCUGCUAUCCUUCUGGCCUCAGUCUCUGGCUGGCCGUGUAUGCCCCCAUCGCGGUCAUGCUGCUCGCGAACUGGACGCUAUUUAUAUUGAUAGUACGGUCCGUGUUUGCUUCUAGAGGGAUCCAGAGGCACGGCGACUCUAAUGAGGCCGUGCGCUGUGCCUCUGUCAGCUGUCUACUCGUGUUUAUGUUCGGGCUGCCCUGGAUAUUCGGUUUAUUUGCAUACAAUCUAGUGUUAGCUUACUUAUUUGCUUUAACAUCCACCUUCCAAGGGUUCGUGUUGUUCAUGUUCUUUGUUGUGGGGAACAAAAAGACGCGAGAUCUUUGGUUCAACAAGUUGAGGAUCAAACAGACUCGCAAGAUCCCGGUCACGUCGUCUACCUACACCAACAGGAGUACGGCUGCCGGGGCGCGAGGUGCUCCUCAAACGUCAGUCGAGGCGAAAGUUUCCAAGCCCAAGUCUUUAGCGAGUUCAGAUGACUCGAGAUUCUCUUGACGAAAGCAAGGAAGGUCCUCCAAAACGGGCCGGUCGAGGAAAAGGUCUUGUGACAUUCUUCCCAAAAUAAUAAGUCAUGAUUUCUAAGACUCGUUCUGCUGGGUGCGGGAUAUAUAUUCUUCUAUAACUUGGGAAUAUGCAUUUACAUUCCAGAACUUUUGCUUGUUGUGGUCUUCAAACCUUGUAUAGAGUUCCUCUUGAAUGGGUUGUUAAUGUAACAUUGCAGGGCAGUAAAUAGAUCGUGUGAACUGUGUGGUAAGCAGUUGCCUACUAUUUAAACUAUUACUGAAUUUCUUGAGAUUCAAGAGAAUUAUGUAGAUAUGUAAUCUUUGUGAGUUUCCGUUAUUCUGUUGCCAAGACUUUAUACUGUACUGUCUACUUAUUUUGUACGAUUAGAUUGUAGUAGAUGAUAAUUCUAUUAUGUUAUUUAAUUGUAUUUAAGUUAUAGUAAAUACGAGCUGCAGUUUAAAUAGCCGAUACAUAUAUUUAUUUGUAAUUUUAUAGUUCUUUUAAACUAUUUAUUGUAGACUGUUACAUCAUGGGUUCAUUUAUCAUAGACCUCCAUUAAAAUCAUCAACAAAAUCUUAGCCAAAGUGUGUGUAUUAUUAAAUUGUAUUCAUAAAGUUCACAAACAUGAGCCUGCUGUACAUGGACUAUGUAUCGUCAGAUUAUAAUUAAGAAGAUAGACUAUAAACUUAUUUAUUUGUGAAAUCCGACGAUGUCAGUAUUACAGUGUGUCGCAGUGUUCAUGUAAUCACUUUCUAGUCUGUGUCUAAAAUGCGUUCUUUCACUAUUUUGUAUUCCUAAAGAAGAUUCCUUGUAAAUUGUAGUUAGUGUAGGUUAAUGAACGCAAAGGUAAGCAUCAAAGAUAGUUACCAAAUAUUUAAUAAUUAUGUCCUAGUUUGAUAUUUUAGUAAAUAAUAGUGUAAUAUAUAAGUAGAUGUUAAUAUUUUACAUGGAUAAGUAGCGAGUGAAAAUACUGACUAGAGCGCCUCUACUGGUUGUUUGCGGAACUGAACUUGGUGAAAAAUCUUUGUAAAGAAAUUGGUUAGUUAUUGAAUACCUAACUAAAAAAAUAAAAUUCUGUCGCACUCAGAGACAUUUUUAAACUCAUGAUUAUUUAAACUAUUACCUUAGUAAAGAUUUUGUUCUGUAAACAAUUGCUAUUUAAAUGACUCUGAGUACGAUUUUCUUGACAUUCUUUUAACUCAGUUAUUUUAAUUUAAACUUUAAAUGUUCUAAGCAAAGAUAUCUUCUAUUUUCAAUUUUAUAUUUUAAAAUAUAAAAAUAUACUUUCAGGCGUUCAUUACAGUUCAGUAGGCAAACCCUUUAAUCAGUACUUGGCUAUGAAAUAUCUGUAAAUAUUACUAAUAAAUAAAUAAACUGUAUAUAAAGAACAAAAUAGUUAAGAAAUACGACCAGAAGACUUCAUUUUGAACCUUAUGAGUUAAAAACAACACGAGAUAUAGCAACAUAUCGCUUGCACCGUUUACUUGCAGAUUUUGAAUGCUCGAAUACAGCACUACUUACCUACUCUGGUUCGGCUUAUUGUACUAUUUUAAUAGUUAAUAUUUUCACAGAGGCAUUUACUAUAAUAUUAUGAAGUUAUUUAAUAAAUUGUUUUAAGUAAAA